CUAGAACUGGCAGGGAUAGGACGUACGAGCUUUGUCGCUUUGUUAUACUUUUAGCGUCCAGUGGAGGUGGAUGUGUUUGGGGAUCGUUAUUAUAUCCAGGAAACUGUUACUGUUAUACACAGUUGUAUAAAACGUAAACUUUGUGGAACAACUAUUGUGUGUACCAGUUCGGAUACCCUUCAACUAUCUUGUAGAGGAGAGAAGCGUGUGUUACUUAGCUUCUGUUGCAAGUUGUGUUAGGUACAUGUAAAAUGAGUGAUCUUCUUGAUGGUGGGUGGAAUACGGUGGAUCAUGUAUCGCCUACUUCACUGUCAUUACAAGUCUCUGACAACAUUCCCAUCCCUGUGGGUGGCGGGCAGGACCUACAAGAGCUGGACAACAACACCCUGGUGACUGUGCUCGGCCUUAACCCAUCACCUGAAGAAUGCACCAACAAGUUGCUGGACGAGUGUCUACAUUAUACCGACCUCUUGCCAUCAACUCCCAUUGCCUUCUCGCCCCAGGAUGUGUCCACAACUGUCCACCCCACUACCUACAUUACCGAUCCCCACCACCUAGAUUGUGUCACGUACACUCAGCCUGUAACACUGACGCUGGAUGACUACCAGGGAUUAGAAUUUAUCGAGAAUUUGGUGACAGUAAGUCAAGCACCAGAGGCAGUGACUCCUCAAGAACCUUGUGUCAGCACCACCAGCGAGAGCUCCACGCCUGCUACACCAGCCACACUCAGCCCUCCUUCAGAUAGUGAAGGGCCUACAACCAGGAGACGCAGAAGACAACAAGAUAUCACUAAGGUCAAAGCACCAAGGCAGCGUCGGCCAAAGAAGACCAAGAUUUACGAGCGGGAGGAUCCCUUCGAGGAUCCUGUCGCCGAAAAACGCAGACAAAACGCAAUUAACGCCAAGAAGAAUCGAGACAACAAGAAGAAAUUGCUGGAGGAUUUAGACGACAAGGUGGCGGCGGUGACACGGGAGAGAGAUGACCUGGAGCAGGAGGUGAAGCAGCUGAGGCAGAGAGAACAAGAACUCAGACAGGAACUGAUGUCUCGUUAUGGUGUCACUUUCCCCCCCGUCGUCCCCAGUCCUCACAACAGUUUCUGUUAGAACACGUUUACAAAGCUCAAUAUUUUAAAUCACCGAGUGGCUUAUGUGGGCCACCCAUAUAGUGCUGAGAAUAAGUUGCAGAUACCACAUAACCAGAUUAGGGAAGGUUGCCGUUGUCAUGACCCUAAUGAUAGUGCCAUGACAAUUGAUAGAUAACAUCGUUAUGCUGUGUUAUCGCUUUCCGAUUAAUUCAUACACCCAUGCCUAAUAUUAUUUCUGCUAAUCUCCAAGUUCAAAACAUUAAGAGAUGUACUGAUUUUAAAUUUAAAAAUUACUUAAAUUUU